AAUUUUUUCAUCUUCUGUGAAAAUAACUACACUCUUUACUAUACUUGUGCCUGAGCCUUUCCUUCUUUCCAAAUCAAAAAUCUCUGUGUGCCCUAGAUCUGCAAACCCUAGAUCACUCCCUUUCUGUUUUUUUCUUUUUUUGUUUUUAAGUUACACACCUUCAAUGUUUCAGUCUUUUUGCAAAUUCUUUGCUCGUGGCAGUGUGUUAGUUGCGGAGGAAUAAACAAUUAUGGCUUAAGGACUGUUGUUUUUGAGGUAUUGUGCAUGAUUUUGGAGGUUUUUAGCAUUUUGGUGUGAGAAUCUGGGGUUCUUUGUAAUUGCAAUUUUUUUGCUUUAUUGAGUGGAAAAGAGUAUAUUGAUGGUGCAAUAAUUGUGUUUGCGUUAAUCUUGAUUUUUAGAGGGGUUUCUACCUUGAAUGUCCUUGAUUUAGUUGCGGAAAAGUUAUUCUUUAUAGAACUUGGUGUAGAAGAAGAGGAAAGUAGUACAGUGGAAAUGCUAUAGUUGUGGGGUAACUGUUGAUUUUGAAGGACGGUUUUGGGUGGUGUUGGUGUAUGAUGGGUUGCAUUUGUUGUAAACCCUCUGCUAUUGAAGAUAGUAAAGAGAGUCCAAGAGAGCGCCUGUCGAGCAAGGCCUCAUCUGACUUAAGAGUAUCAAGGGCAACUUCCUCAAGGAGAGAGGACGCAUAUCGGGUGAAAGAUCGAUAUGAUAGUAAUGAUGGGAGAACAAUGUUGAUUGAUAAGCAGGUGAAUGGGUCUGUUCGGUUGCAUGGUGAGAAUUUCGAUCGGAAGAGGGAGAAAAUGGAAUAUGUUGUUGCUCAACAUCAUCCAGGGAUGGGUAAUAUUCCUAAAGCUACAGAAGGUGAGCAGGUGGCAGCAGGGUGGCCGGCCUGGUUGGCCACAGUGGCUGGAGAGGCGAUCAGGGGAUGGGUUCCACGACGUGCAGAUUCUUUUGAGAAGCUGGACAAAAUUGGCCAGGGCACUUACAGUAACGUUUAUAGAGCUCGUGAUCUUGAUCAGAAGAAAAUUGUUGCCCUGAAGAAAGUAAGGUUUGAUAACUUGGAGCCUGAGAGUGUUCGCUUUAUGGCAAGGGAAAUUCAUAUUCUCCGUAGGCUUGAUCACAUGAAUGUAAUAAAGCUGGAAGGCCUGGUUACGUCAAGGAUGUCUUGCAGCUUGUACCUUGUUUUUGAGUACAUGGAACAUGAUCUGGCCGGUCUUGCCUCGCAUCCUGGUGUGAAAUUUUCAGAAUCCCAGGUUAAAUGUUACAUGCAGCAACUUCUGCAUGGGCUUGAUCAUUGUCACAGUCGUGGUGUUCUACAUCGUGAUAUAAAGGGUUCCAAUCUUUUGAUUGACAACAAUGGCAUCUUGAAAAUUGCUGAUUUUGGUCUGGCUAGUUUUUAUGAUCCCCAUCAAAAUCUGCCGCUGACAAGUCGUGUUGUAACUCUUUGGUACCGGCCACCAGAGCUUUUACUUGGAGCGACUUACUAUGGUACUGCUGUAGAUCUAUGGAGUACAGGUUGCAUACUUGCAGAGUUGUAUGCUGGCAAGCCUAUCAUGCCUGGAAGAACUGAGGUGGAGCAGUUGCAUAAAAUUUUUAAGCUUUGUGGUUCCCCUUCAGAGGAUUAUUGGAGAAAAUCAAAGUUGCCGCAUGCUACAAUCUUUAAGCCCCAACAGCCUUAUAAACGUUGUGUGGCUGAAACAUUUAAGGAUUUCCCUGCACCAGCUUUAGGGCUUAUGGAGACCCUUCUUUCAAUUGAUCCAGCUGAUAGAGGAUCUGCAGCUUCUGCUCUGAAGAGUGAGUUCUUCACGGUGAAACCUCUUCCUUGUGAUCCUUCCAAUUUGCCAAAGUAUCCUCCAAGCAAAGAGUUUGACGCAAAAAUACGGGAUGAGGAAGCUAGAAGACAAGGCGCAGUAGGAAGCAAGGGCCAGAGGCUUGACCUUGAAAGGAAAGGAACAAGAGAGUCCAGAGCUAUUCCAGCCCCUAAUGCCAAUGCUGAAUUGGUUUUGUCCAUGCAGAAACGACAAAGCCAGUCCAAUUCUAAGAGCCGGAGUGAAAUGUUUAAUCCUCAUCCAGAAGAAGUUGCGUCUGGAUUCCCUAUAGAUCCUCCUAGACCAUCACAAGCGGUAGAAUCCACUGCAGAACCCCAGGGGCAUCAUCAUAAGAGAGCCUCUCAUUCAGGGCCGUUGUCUCACCGAGCUGCUUGGGCAAAGGCUGGGAAAAACCCAGAUGAUGCUCCAAAGAUUUCUGCUGGUGCUGACCUGUCAUCAAUGUCAGGUUUAGUGGCAGCAAGGAGGAGUUUAUUGUCUGAAGAUCGGAGAGAAAGGUCCAGUUCUUCACAACAGGAAAUUCCAAAGCUAAUAGCUAGGUUUCCAGGAUCUUUCAAAGAAACCUCAGAAUCUUUGAUACAACAGGACCAGAAGCAUCAACCUCAAGGUGUUGCUGUUUGUCAUCAAAAGGAAGAUGGAAAAAUUGGCAACAAAGAUCCAAUUAUGCUUGGGUAUGGGUCAAAGGGUCCCAAAAUCCAUUACUCUGGUCCAUUGCUAGUUCCUGGUAACAUGGAUCAGAUGCUUAAGGACCAUGAUCGCCAGAUUCAGGAAGCUGUUAGACGAGCACGCAUUGACAAGGCAAAGGUCAGAAAAGUUCAAGCUGAAGGGAACCAAUUAUCAACCAAUUCGUUAUUUGUUUCCGGGAGCUGUCUCAAGUAAACCCCUGAUGGCAAAAAGCAUUAUCAGGAAGAUAACUGCGGAAAAAAUUGGCUGGUGAUAUUCUCUCUCGUCAAAUAUGAUCUCAGCUGUUAAUUGGGGCCUUUGUAUAGGUGGUGUUUUAGGUAGAUGGCCAGUGGCCAUUAUUAGCUAUUGUUAAUAGCUUACUGAGAAAUCUCUCUCCCAUUUAUCACAUGUAUUUUCUUUCCACUCGGCAACUGUAAUUUCUAAGAUCUUGGCCAUUCUUGUAGAGCUUAUUAUUUAAGCAUAAUUUAUUUUGGAAACAUGACUGUCCUUGUCCUAUAUUCCUAUUUUGUGAUAAAAGGAAGUAAUAUGUUGCUCAAA